GAAAUCCAAGAAGAAGGAUCUGGAACCUAUCGGCCUUCUCCUCCUUUCCUCUCUCUCUAUCUAUAUAAUCCCACAAAAACCUAAACCCUUUCUUUGGGUUUUAUUAGCUUUAAAAAUCAGAGAUUCCAUCUGCUCUUGACGAAGAAGAUUCCAAGGGUUCUUAGGAGGAAUCAAUCAAUCAAACCAUGGAAGAAGAAGAAGCUGCAGUUGCAUACUGGUGCCACAUGUGCUCUCGAACUGUGGAUCCACUAAUGGAAGCUGAGACCAAAUGCCCCUUUUGCGCUAGUGGCUUUGUUGAAGAGAUGGCCGAGGAACAAGAACAAGAACACUCUCCAAUUACCAAUUCUCUCUUGGCUCCCAUCUUGAUGCAAGUCAUCAAUGAAUCUUCCCUCCGCACAAGCAACCAAAGUGUUGAUGAAGAUGCUCAAACCGAAUCUGGAAACGAUGUGGAUUCUCAGCUCCAAGAGAUUCUCAGGAGGAGAAGGGCAAGACGUUCCGUUUCCGUUAUGCCAUUACUUGAUGGUGAUGGUGAUGGUGACAGAGAGAGAGGAAGCUUGAUCGUGGUCUCUGGUGCUUCUUUGAGUGAGUAUUUCAUCGGUCCUGGCUUCGAAGCCCUGCUUCAGCGUUUAACAGAUAACGAUCCCAACAGAUACGGAACACCUCCUGCUCAAAAAGAAGCUGUUGAGGCUUUGGCUAGCGUCAAAAUCCUGGAGCCUACUCUGCAGUGUUCGGUUUGUUUGGAUGAAUUUGAGAUUGGGGUGGAAGCCAAAGAGAUGCCUUGUGAGCACAAGUUUCACGGCGAAUGCUUGCUCCCGUGGCUCGAGCUUCAUAGUUCCUGUCCGGUUUGUAGGUACGAGUUACCUUCGGACGAGACAAAGACGGAGACUGCAAGAACACAACCAAAUGGUGACGGUGGUGGAAGUGAGUCUUCUUCUUUUUCAAGCAUCCAAGAAGGAAGUGAGAAUAGCGAUGGAAGUCACCACCCUGAGGAGGAGGAGGAAGAGGACAGCGAUGAUGAUGGUGAUGAUGGGGUUGAAUUCUCAAUCCCGUGGCUGCUUAGCAGCUUGUUCUCGUCAUCCCAAGACAGCAGCAAUCCAUCGAGUGGUACACACUGAAAACAAAAACAACGAAAGCUUUUGAUAUGGUCAUGUAGCCACUUAACCUGUUUUGCUUUUAUGGUCUGUACAUAAGCUUCCCAGACUUGGUUGAAUGCUCUCUAGCUACCACCCUUUGGUAAACAAAAAUCUAUGAGUUUGUGUUUAGUCCCCAAACUUUAUGGUUGGUUUACUUAUAACGCUUCAUUAUAUCUC